AUGGGUCUCGUGGAAAUCAAACUGGUCGACCUCGCCGAGCCGGCCCGGCUUCUCCCAGAGGACAAACCCGUCGUGCUGGUCAACCUGAUCAAGUUCAAGGCGCAGGCAACGUACCCCGAAGGCUCGCCUCACACGGCCAUCCCGGGCCGCGAGGCAUACUACACGCGCUACGUGGCGACCUUCAGCGAGAUCUCCGCUUCUCUGGCUUCGACCCCGGACGACAAGUUCAAGCCGCUGUACCUCGGCAACGUCGUGGCGAACAUGCUCGCGAAGCCGUACGGAGGCGACGAGUCCUUUGACAUGGUCGGCAUCAUCCAGUACCGCAACUUUGGCGCGUUUAGGAAGGUCAUCGAGAGCAAGGAGUACGAGGAGAGGGCUCUGCCGCACCGGCUGGCCAGCAUCGAGGAUUACAGAUUGUACGUGGCGACGGAAAUGAGUGUGUAG